UUAUUUUCGGUGAAUGAAGUGGGAAUUUCAACACGGCUAGGUCAUUUGCAGUAACGAGCAGUCUGCUGGUUAGUAAGAUGGCUUCCAAUUCUAUUCAGAGGAAAGAAGUUAGGUGCUUACAAAACGAAUAUGAUAAACUUCUCCAGUCCGCCAAUUUUUCUGAAAUUAAAAAACUGUUGGAAGAAGGUGAAAAGCUACGGUAUCAAGCAAGCCAUCUGGAAAAGUAUCUGAAACAAUUGGAAAACCAUGUGCGGUAUAAUUCUAUAAGUAUCCAAGCUACCGUAGCUGCUUUGUUUGAUUACGCUAUAAAAACAGUGUUCAUAAAUACUAAACACUACGUACAACUCAAUGUUCCCAAUAAGCGCAGUUUUGGGGAUUAUCAGUGCAACUCUGCUCUUAGCAUUCGAAAAGAGUCGAACAGUGAUCAAAAUCCAUUUGAUAUUGCAAAAUCUAUCGUUGCCGCUUUACCUGUCAAUGACUUAAUUGAAAGAGUGGACGUUGUUCUUCCUGGCUUCAUAAACAUUUGGAUUAAACAACAAUUCAUUUCUACUGAAGUCAGAAAGAUUUUACUUCAUGGGGUUACACCCCCAUUCAUACCUCAUAAAUACUCUGUGAUUGUCGAUAUGUCCUCUCCAAACAUCGCCAAAGAAAUGCAUGUAGGACAUCUAAGAUCAACCAUUAUUGGAGAAAGUAUUUCCCGUUUGCUUUCAUUUUUGGGUCACAAAGUACUGAAACUCAAUCAUCUUGGAGAUUGGGGAACACAGUUUGGGAUGUUAAUAACCCAUUUAAAAGAAAUAUAUCCUGAUCAUAAAACUGCACCUCCGAUAUCAGACCUUCAAGCUUUUUAUAAAACUUCCAAAACUAGAUUUGAUGAAGAAAAAGAUUUUAAUCAAAGAGCACAUGUGGCCGUUGUUAAACUUCAACAAAAUGAUCCUGAGUAUGUACAUGCCUGGAAACAAAUUUGUGACAUAUCACGAAAAGAAUUCGACGAUGUAUACCGUCGACUGGGUAUUGAGAAUCUUAUUGAGCGUGGAGAAUCGUUUUAUCAAAGUCGAAUGGAAGAGUUUGUUAAUGAUCUAAAAAGUCAGAAUGUUCUGCAGGAAGAUGAGGGUAGAUUAAUUUUGUGGCCACCCAAAUGCGAAGUUCCUCUCACAGUUGUAAAAUCAGAUGGUGGUUUUACCUAUGAUACAUCUGACUUAACUGCUUUACUUCAGCGUUUGCACGAAGAAAAGGCGGAUUGGGUCUUGUAUGUUGUGGACAUGGGUCAGUCUGUUCAUCUUAACACGGUAUUUGCGGGUGCAGAAAUGCUUGGUUAUUAUAAUCCUAAUGUACACAGAGUUCAACACAUUGGAUUCGGUGUGGUGCUGGGUGAAGAUAGGAAAAAAUUUAAAACUCGUUCCGGUGACACAGUUCGUCUUGUCGAUUUAUUGGAUGAAGGUCUUGAACGAGCAAAGAACCGAUUGCUUGAGAAAGAAAGGAAUAAAGAGCUAACUGAAGCUGAAUUUGAACGAGCUCAAAAGGCUGUAGCAUAUGGUUGUAUUAAGUAUGCUGAUUUAUCACAUAGUCGAACAAUUGACUAUGUAUUCUCAUUCGAUAGGAUGUUGGAUGAUAAAGGAAACACUGCAGUUUACUUGUUAUACGCAUAUACACGGAUCAGAUCAAUUAUAAGAAAUGCGGGUUAUUCUGAAAGAACAAUCAAUGAAAUUAGUGAAACAGUACCACUGAAAUUUGAACAUCCUAUGGAGUUGACAUUAGCCAAGGCAUUAUGUCGUCUACCAGAUAUUCUACUAAAAAUUCAAAAUGACUUUCUAUUGCAUAGCCUAUGCGAUUAUUUGUACGACUUGAGUUGUGACUUUACAAACUUUUACGAUGCAUGUUAUUGUAUUGAACGGAAUCAAGAGACCGGUGAUGUUCAAAUUAAUAAAGAACGUAUUGUAUUAUGUGAAGCUACUGCUCGAGUAAUGAAAUGUGGAUUUGAUAUACUUGGAAUUGAAACAGUUGAAAAAAUGUAAAUGUUUUUGUGUUCAGUUGAACAAUAAACAACAUUUGUACAAAAGGAGUAGAUAUGUCUCUUUUCUUAAAAAAAAGCUUAUUCUAUAACAUGUUAAUCAUGGUGUGGCAGUAGAUGUGUAGAAAUUCAAAACAACAAUAGUAGUAAUAGUAAUAACAUAGAAAGAUUUCUUUCCCGUAAUAAACAAUACUAUUUACAACGUAUUCAAAGGAAUCAGUCAUUAAAUAUUCUUAUACAUAUUAGUAGUCUAUCUGUAUGUUGAAUGUAAUAAUGUAGAUUUUUUCACAGUUUGAGUUUAAUUCUGGGAUGGUAAUUACAUACACCUAUGGAAGACAUCUAAUUAAUU